UUGGAUUCUUUAAUUUGCGGUAUGAAAAUAAAGAGAUUGUCUUCAUCAAUAAUUGUCAGAUAAUUAAAAUUGAAAAGAAAAAAAAAAACCCUUUGUAUUAUUCUUGUUGCUCAAAUAUUCUCGGCUCAUUCCAAUUGUUGAAACUUGAAAUGGUUUCUCUUGUUCUUAUUAUUCAGUGUAUCUCUCUCUACUUCCCCAUUGUGGUUUCCAGCUCAAGUUCUUCUUCUCCGUACUACUGAUUUGUUGCGGUUGAUUUUGUUUUUUUUAGCACAAGAUUUUAUCGUUUGUUAGUUUUCCUAUUUUGGCGUAGUCCUGCCCGAAUUUGAUUAGUCAAUUCUUGAAAAAAGAAAUCUAGGGUUCAUAGCUUGUAGCGCCUUGAUUGAGCACAUUUUGAUUUCUUGGCUUGUAAAAAUUAAUUAGGGUUUAUAGGGGUCAUUGGAAGGUCCCCCCCAAUCUCCUGAUCUACAAUUCUCAUUUUUUAUCCAUAAAUAUCUCACUCAUUUCUCCAUAUAACUCCCUCCCUCUCUCUCUCUCUCUCUCACAUCACAUGUUUCUCUAUCUGGGAUUCAUGGGAGUUCAUCCUUUUUCCUUUUUGUAAAACUUUCCCACAAUCAAAUUGAUUGAUAGCCAGAAAGAGGGGGAAAAUGGUGAGAGGGAAGGUGGAAAUGAAGCGCAUUGAAAAUCCAACAAGCAGGCAGGUGACCUUUUCAAAGCGCAGAAACGGGCUAUUGAAGAAGGCAUAUGAGCUCUCAGUGCUCUGCGAUGCAGAAGUUGCUUUGAUCAUAUUCUCUCAAAAAGGAAGACUUUAUGAGUUCUCAAGCUCCAACAUGCAGAAGUCCAUAGAGAAAUAUCUUGAACGUGCAAGAGAAGAGCGGGGCAAUGAAGUCGAACAACGCAUGAAGUAUUUAAAGCAUGAAGCAGCGUUGAUGAUGAAGAAGAUAGAGCUACUAGAGAAUUCCCAAAGGAAGCUUUUAGGGCAAAACCUUGGAGCUUAUUCAUUGCAAGAGCUCCACGAAACCGAAAACCAGCUCCAGCGAAGCCUACACAAUGUCAGGGCCAGAAAGGCUCAACUAUACAAGGAGGAAACAGAAAAACUACUUGCAAAGGAGAAGUUUUUGUUGGAAGAAAAUUCCAAGUUGCGCCAAAAGUGUGAAGUUAGGGAAGCAGAAAGAGAGAGUCAGAGCCAAACCACACUGAGCUCGGAGGUUGUGACCGAGUUGUUCAUCGGCCCACCAACUACAAGGAAAGCCCGUGAUUUCUCAACUUUUACUAGCAAAUAAAAAUGCUUUUUUUUUCUUAUGGCAUACAUAUAGACAAGUAUAUUUAUCGUAAAUAUAUACGUUAAACAAAUAAGUGUAUUUUGUUGUUCAGUAUAUAUAGUGGGCCAUUAGAACUAGCAAAAUAAAAAUGUAAUGGGAUAUUUCAUUGUUCAAUACUAGUAUAAGGGAUUGGACAUCCUAAGAUAAAUUGGGCCAUUGUGGGCUGGAAAUUCUUUUGGAUGCA